AUGAAAUUGGCCCAACCGGCGCUGUUACGAUGUGGGCGCAUCUCUGGCAGAUGGACCAUCUGUGAACGGGCUUACGCAUCGAAUCCAGAAGGACCGCCGGCUCCUCCAGCCGGAGGUGCUGAUUCGCCAAACAGCCAAGGAUGGAUUUCAAAACUAUUCGUUGGCCAACAAUUCAACGCUGAGGGUAUGCAAAAGCAAUCACACUCGUCGUUGCUCUCUUCUUCCGGAUACGUCUACGAAUUUUCAACUCACAACUACCGCCCCGGAUCUACUCAGAAGUACCUUGAACGGUUUGGUGAAUACAAAGAGGUCCUUGGAAAGAAACUUCCCUCCGUCGAAUUGGUUGGCUCGUGGCUAACAGCAUAUGGCCGAACUAGGGAUCAGGCGAUCCAUCUAUGGCGCUACAAGAAGGGAUAUUCUGAUGUUGACGUGCAAGUGUCCCUCCGCAAAGACCAGGAACUUGCCAAAGCCGACGAAGCUCUUGCUGAGCUUUGCGGCCGUAGAAAAUCGAUUCUAACGAAGAGCUUCUCCUACUGGGGUGACCCAAAGCCACGAAACGAGCCACAUGUGUACGAUAUGCGAAGCUACGUCCUGAAGCCGGGCUCAAUGAUCGAAUGGGGGAAUGCAUGGGCGAAAGGAAUUACUUAUCGACGCGAACACAAUCAAGAUGUCGGCGGAUUUUUCUCUCAGGUUGGCCAGUUGUAUGUGGUCUACCACAUCUGGGCAUAUCCGUCGAUGACCGGACGCAACGAGACUCGAACGUCGACGUGGGCAAAGCCUGGAUGGGACGCGACCGUCGCCUACACUGUGCCGUUGAUCGAGAAGAUGCAGUCGAAAAUUCUGACUGCGACACCUUAUUCUCAACUGAAA